AUGGGGAUCGUCAGCAACAACAACAACAGCCCUACUACCAUCCCAUUCACCAUCAAAUACAUCACAGCAUCCAACAAUAUUAUCCCGGAUACAACUAUACGCCAUACGCGGGAGGCGCCUAUGGCCCGUAUCCAAGCCAGUCGACCGGCUAUCGACCGUACCCCCAGCCGCAGCCUUCGCCUCCACAUCGAAGAUCCAGCCUACUGGCUUCACGAAAUCAAGAUCAAACAUUCUCAAAUUGAGCGCGACCGCGAUCUUUAUAUUGCCGUGAGAACGGCUCCGGCGCGGACGUUAAAUCGGCCGACCGUACCCCCUCCACCAAUCCCAUCAUACCCCACCGCACAGCGGACCGUCAAGUCUCGGGGCUACAGCGCUGACCCGUUGGACCGGGGGCGAUAUGCGUAUUCCGGACCCUUCAAACGGCCACAGCCCCUAUAUCGGAAGCGCCGGGAUGGGAGAAUGGGAUAUUUUCAGGAAACCGAUUUUGGCGGCGCGCCUGUUGAUUAUGGCAUGGGAUUCCACCGGCCAGUAUAUCCGCCCUACAUGGAUCAGGGAGCGCCGACAAUGCGCCGGAUACGACCCUACUAUGCCCCAUCAUAUACCACGUAUCCGCCGUCGACAAUGCAUAGACCAAAACGAAAACACCAUCCCGACAAGUAUCCCAUCAUUUUCCGGGCCGUUUUGAAAGUGGCCCAAUUGAUAAUCGGUGCCGCUGUCCUUGGGCUGGUUCUCUCGCCGAUGCGCGGCUCGAGCUUUCAUGACUUUGUGGUACGGACGAAGACCGAGUGGCAGGGAGCCGUUGUCGGCAUCACUGCCUCGUUCUCAAUCCUCACCAUCGCGUUCCUCGUCACCAGCUUCUGCCUGGCACACAAAGCAGCCGCGUGGCGACGUUUCGAUGCGCUAGCCUCGAUAGCAGCCGCAUUCGGCUACUUAGUCGCCGGAUUUAUCGAGGCCUAUUUUGCGGCCUGUUAUCCGCCAAACGGGGCGAAAAUCGGCUACGUAUGCCAUCGACCAGAAUGGAUCAUAGCUACGAUCUUACUCUUCAUCAACGUCGUCGCGUACGUGAUCGACUUUUGGUUGGCGUGGGCCGCCGGCGUCACCUUGUUA